AGUGGCUGUGAUGCGACUUGUAUUUGAUGGAUAACAUGAGGCUUGUGGUCCUGUGGGGUCUGCUGCCCCUGCUGUGUCGGUAUACGCUGGUUAGCAGUCACAGUUUGGGAAGGUCCUCUUCUCCUGGUGACUUGGCCGAGCUCAAGUCUUUGCUUGAGCGCUUUGAGGAGACUCUGGCCGAAGCAGCUCAAGAGGACACCUCUGAAAUGGACUAUGCAACGAUGAACCAAGAACCAGAACGUGACCAGUCCGACCGAGGAUGGAACACGCAGCAGGACAGGGAUCAAGAACCUGCCACAGUGGAACGAUCCCAAGCAGUGGCUGAAGCCCAGAACCGGGCCUUGAGCGCAAGAAACCGCCUACUAGACCUGCUGGUGACGGCCAGAAAACGAGCAUCGGGCUGCUUUGGUGCCAGGAUGGAUCGGAUAGGGAACGCAAGCGGUCUGGGCUGCAACACUGCAAGAGGAUAGGCUGAAUCUUCUUUGGGAUACGCGUCUGAUCCUUUUGUCCUUUAUUAAAUGAAGUUUAGUCAAAUUAAUAUAUGAUAUGACAUUGAAAAACUGUGUGUGUGUGUGUGUGUGUGUGUGUUGUGUGCGUGUGUGUGUGUGUCUUUGUGCGUGUGUGUGUGUGUGUGCGUGCGCGCGUAUCCCCCCGUGUCUUGUUUUCUAUGUCUGUGUCGAUAAAAUGAUUUAUUAUGUAACGAAUCCAUGAUACUGUAUGCUGUAUGACAAUCGCACACUAUAACUCCGUAUGAGUUGCUCUCAAUUAAAAACUGCAAAUAAAAACCUCUUUUACCCAU